AUGGGUCAAGCUCAUUAUUACUGCCAUCAUCGCUGGUCCAAUGGACCUCCUGCUGAUACACCGAAAUCAGAGGAAGAAGCUCUUGCCCGAAUUGAUGAGCUCUACAAUUCCGGCGUGCCAUGGUUCAGCAAAGAGACUAUCCGCUCUGCUUUAGAGCAGAUGCAGCGCCAACCGGCACACGGUGACCAGAUCGUUGUCAAAGCGGUGGACGGCGCAAUGGUUGAGUAUGAUAUCAAGUCCGGCGAUAUCAAGACCAUGCGUGACACAGAUGGAGUUGAGGAAGAGUGGGUACUCCAAAGACCUGCCAUCUCGUACACGUGCCGAGCCAGUAUGCGGCACCAUAUUUUCUGGCGAGGUUUCGACAAAGAAGUCCCGAACCUCAGUAGCAUACAAAUCGUGCAUUCGUGUCUGAUCCGAAGAAAAGAUAAACAUGAGCCCGUUGACGCCUUCCCUCGUUUACCGCUGGAGGUAGCCCGCCCCGAUUUUGAAAAGCACCGACAAGACUGGACCGAAACGGAGAUGUGCAAGAAUCUCACCAAGUUCCUGGACUCCUCAGCUGCGCACCUAGAAAUCACCAAAGUCGUAGCCGUGUCUCUAGGAUGUCUCUCCUACCUACAAAAUCAGGAUCAAGAUCGAUUCGGUCGUCCCGCGUAUCAGCAUGCCCUUGUCCUCACGCUACGUGAUUGGCUUAAAAAGAAGAACGGCGUGGCUAAGGUACCUAGCUAUGUGCAGGAUCCGGAGUACGUGGAUGUAGACCGGGCUCUUCUUGCAGAGCACGAAGUUGAGGUGAUUGAAGAUCCAAUGGCAUGGUUGGAGAUGGACGAUUUCUCGAUCGUGGUGUCUAUUGCGUCGAAUGUGCCUACCAAGGAGAUCAUCACUGAUGUUGCAAGACCUGCGGUGGUUAUUUGGAACAAGGUUGGUGAUAAUGAUUAUGAUAAGAGAGGGGAGGGGUCUUUAACGGAUCCGUGUUCUGCUCGGGUGCGGGCGUUGAUGGAAGGGUAUGACUGCUUUGACUGGGGGGCUAGUGAUGAGCAUUUUGGGGAUGUUUACAUGUAUGUCCGACGACCGCAGACUUUAUGUCAAGAGUCGCCCUGA